AUGGCGUCGUCUUCGGUCGCCGCGCCCGCGCACAUCUUGGGCCACUACCGCAUGGAGGAAGCCCCGCGGCGCGACCUCGUCCCGCUGAGCGACGCGAGAUACGGCCGGGUGACGCUGCGUCGAUCCGCGGCGGCAGCGUGGCGACGCAUGGCCGCCGCCGCCGCCGCCGACGGCGUCACGCUGAUCCCCGUCAGCGGCUUCCGAUCGAUCGCGCAUCAGGAGCGACUGUUUUUCGACGUGAAAGCCGCGCGGGGGCAAACGGCCGCGGAGCGAGCGUUAGUUUCCGCGCCGCCGGGGCACAGCGAGCAUCACACGGGGUACGCCGUCGACGUCAGCACGCCAUCCGUCGGCGACGACCUGGUGGUGUCGUUCGAUAAGACGGACGCGUCGAGGUGGCUCAGGAAGAACGCCGCGGCGUUUCACUUCGAGAUGAGCUUCGGGAAGGAUAACGUCAUGGGGGUGUCGUACGAGCCGUGGCAUUAUCGCUUCGUCGGGGAUUCGCACAGCUUGCGGACGUUCGCGGCGCCGCGCGCCGCCGCGGGGAAGUGA